ACUGGUACAUGGUAUUUAAGGGAAUACAAGGAGUAACACCCACUGCCGGUUCCCUGCAGGAUUCCUGGGAGGGAGAAACUGCCGAAAAUGACGGCGUUAGCGCGGCACGAACAUUGACUACGUCUCCAAGUAGCCAUUACAAAAAUGGCGUUUCAGAAAUUUGGUCAGAUGACUUCACUUUGAUUGAAACAGUAAAAUAUGGAAUGUACGCUAAGGGACAAGAAAAAGCGGCCGUUAUAUUUAAGGCCAGUGGAACGGCAAAGACAGCAUGGUUUGACAAGUCCAAAAUAUUGUACAGUGACUACGAAGAUCUAACAACAUCCUCCCCUCAGUUCUGUAGUAUAUCUGGAGACGGCGUGCGACAGUUUGCGGUGACGGAUGCCCAUGGUGUUGGAUGUACGUCCGACUACCACUGGAUGCUGGUAAUGGAUGCUGGAGCGGACAGUAAACCCUGCGGGUUUGACCAGGACGUGACAACCAGGCCGUACUUCCUCUACAGCAGCGGAACAACCAGUGUGGCUCCGGAUUUGG